GCUCUCUCCGAUCUAGGGCCAGACCCCCCCGCCCCAGGCUGAUUGCAACCCCCACCCCGACCCUCGGAUCCUUAUUCACAUGUUGGGAGUGUGUGAGGCAUGUGAGACCGUGCCUGUUAGCCCAGUGCCUGGCAGGACCCGGGGCGUGUGGCGAGGGGGCAUUGCUACCCAAACACCCAGCUGCAGCUUUAAUGUUUUCAGCGGGGAGGGGCUGGAUUUCGUUCAGCCCCAGCACGAGGCGUUGCAUGGAGAGCACUGGGGUGGAUUCAGCCCUGGGAUCCUCUGGCCUCCGCAUGCCCUGCGGGGCGUUGGGCGGCAGCUGCCUGAGACCGGGCCCCUGGACGCUCUGUUUCGCGGUUGCACGGCAAAGCUGCAAUGAUCAGACCUCUCCUGCAGCAGAGCGCAAGGAGACUGCCUGGAGCAGCGGGGCUGGGAGCCAAUCCGCUCCUUGGCCCCAUGUACAGCACCCUGCAUCUCCGCCCCGCUGCAUUGUGGGGAGCUUUUGUCUCCUUUGGCAGCACUGGGGAUUGGCGGGAGGAGGUGGGGCUAGGAGGGCCCAUGGCCUGGUCUGGGAUUGCAGGAUCCUGCGGGCGCGUGGUCAGUACCUGCUCCCCGGUACGCAGGGCCCCAUGCUGCUCCAAGCAGACACGUGGCUGCUCCCUUGGGAGCUGUGCUCAGGGCCUGGGCGCAGGAGGAUCCGUACUCGCCCUCCCGUGGCUGGGGCAGUGGAUCCUGCUCUGCAGGGGGGGCUGUUGAUGGGCCUCGGUCUGCGGGCCAGGGCAGGCAGACACGUGGGCGAGAGAGCUGCAGACGUAUUUGUGCUGACAGCUGCCACAGCAGACAGGCUCGGAGGAGUGACUGGCUGUGCCUGGCAGCGGGGAGGGAGUGUCGCUCCUGGCCAAACCUGGGGUUUAAAGCGUGCUGGUGGUUCUGGUGUCCAGUACAGCUGCUGCCUCUCUGCACAGAGCCCAGCCGCACGCCAAGGGGGUUAUACCCUGGAGCUUGUUCCAGUGAUGGGGCCAGGAGCAGAUAACAAGGGGGCUGGGAGACAAGUUCUGGCUCAGAAACCCCAGGAGAAGGGAGCGCUGUGUGCUCGGAUCCCAGCUGACCUGGCCCCUGAGCAGACAACAGAGGCAGUGAGAGCUAGUGGGCAGGGCACAGCUUGGACGCCUGGGUGGAGCCACAUCGAACGGGUCUCAGCCUGCCCUUCGGGAAGACUAAGUCAGUCGCUCUCUCCCUGCAGUCCCACCACGUGGUGUUAAAGGCUUUUCCAUUGUAAUGGACACAUCUCCCACCAUGCCACCUUCCUGCCGGUAAUCCCCCCGCCCACAUUCUGGGAAAUGCUGGUGCAGAUCUGCACGGUCUGACCCGCCCUCUCCUUUCUCACACGCUGCGAUGAGCGGGGGGAGCGGGUCUGAGCUAGCACCUCGUGGCGUGGACGGGGCAGUUACCAUCUUGGAGCUACUGCUUCAGGGUCGCUGCAGGCCCGGGCAGGCGUCACUCUGCCCUGUACGCUCACUUCACCUUUGGAAGGUUUUCGUCCCAGCUGUAGCAGCUAGAGGCUGACAGCCUCUGUGAAAUGAAAGCUGAGACUUGGGAGAAGAAGGGAGAGGUCUGUCCAUGUCCCCCCGCUACUCCAUCAAGCCCUCUGCGGGGGCGCACCCUGCCCGUUGGGAAAGACAGCUUUAGUGCUUUCCAGCCCCCCAAAGGUCCCAGCAUGCUUUGCAAACCGUAUUGAAACAGGAAAACUGUAGAGCCCGGUUGCCAUUUCCCCUUCCUGACGUCUCCCCCUUUCCCCGCAACGCACACUCAGCAGAUCAGCUGGCUGAAGAUGGAGGCGGCUGUGAUAACUCCUCGUAGGCCGCCUGUCUGGAGCACAGACGUCUGGUCCGCUGUCCCCCCCUAUUCAAUUGCCCCACAUCCCCCUUGCCACCAGAUGGCAGCAGCCUUGUGCCAUACCCCCACAUCGCAGUAUCAUUACACCAAUAGCUGCAGCCCUUUUGAGGAACACUGUCCUGGCUCUGGGCUCUGCAGCCGGGCAUUUUGGAUCCCUGCAAUCUCAGGUCUUUGCAGCCCCUCACACAGCAGUAAAAUUCCCCACUAGCAAACAAUACUUACAAAUAUUUGACAGCAAAAAGGGGUCUUUGUUUAUUUCAUGUCCUUGUUCCCCCUCCGAGAAUCCCGCCUGCAUGGCACACCUUCAGGGCAUUUGAUGGUCACCAGGUACCUGGGAUGCAGGAGACAGACAAAUGGUGCCAGAGCUUACAGGGAACCUGCUAAUAACAUUGCCCAGGGAGUGGAUUGGUCUGGGCUGUUGGAGGCAGAACCACCCAAUGCAGGGCUGUUUAAAUCAAAUCAUAAAUGGCGGCAGGUUCAUUGCAUUGCGCAAGGCCUUGAUUUGGGCUAAGCUAGGGGAUGCUGUUGAAUUCUCAAGAUGGAAGGUUCUUACCUGUGAUUACAUUUAAUUGAUUCAGCUAACUGUGUUAUUUGGCCCCGGGUGGAGGCUUUCAACUUUGCAGGAUGGCUUUCUGCAGCGAGGAGUAAGGACCAGGCAUGGGCAUACAGUGCUGCCUCUUCAGCUUCUCAGCCCAGGAGCUCAGAGUGCUUUCCACUGAUUAAUUAACGAACCCCUGGGAGGCUGGUAACAAGCAUUAAAUAUGGGGAAACUUAGGCAUGGAAUCGUCCAGUGACAUGCCCAAGGUCGAACACAGAAUCAGUGGUAGAGGUCAAUGUUUUUCUUUGUGAGAAAGAAGCCUCAGUCGGCUGGCUGUAUCAGAGUGGCAGCUAUCCCUGUAAAGCAUCUGUCCCUGCUUCCCCUGAAGGAACGGGUGGAUGGAACUCUGUGAAAGGCCAGGUCCCAAACGAGAUUGCUCCAUGGCGACAGUGUUCCAGACCUUCCCUUAUUCCAUUCAUUCCACCCAAAGCAUGUUUCCUUUGGAUUCCUGGGCAAGCAGGCAAAGCAGAUUUAGCACGAUAAUCAGGUACAGAACCCUACCUAUUUCUUUCCUGUUUGCUCAUCUGACUGAAUGAGGGGCUCUGGCAUUCCCAGCCUUGGGAAAUGUUCUAUGUCCAUGGCAAGGAGCAGCCGAGCAGAUUCCAGCAGGGAUGCUUUAAAACAUAACAAACCUUGCAAAGAGCCAAGUAUCCGGGGCAUGGCUAAGCUGCCAGGAGAGAAACGCCCUCGGCAUCUCAGCUCCUCUUCUUUAAAACAUUUUCAUGUGAGUUUAGUGCUGGUGGAAGGAGCUGGGCUGGCAGCCACGCUGUUUAUCCCCAGCACCUCCCGCAGGUGUGUAUCGACUCUGAUCUCUGUGGCCCGCUCAGCUCGGGGCCUUCAUGCUGAGGCUGAUGGUGCGGGGGCCAAUGGUCCUCCGAGAAGGCACGGAUGCCUGUGCAGGGGCACCUAGACUGAGCCCUGCCAAUGCGUUUCAUGCCAGCCCCUGCCCUGGGCUAUAUGGAGGUUAGCUGUCGUCUGUCCCCCUCACUGUAAUAUCCGAGGGUCUCCGUGUCAUCAGUGGAUUAAGCCGCACGGUGCAGGGCUGUAAUCCCUAUUGCACAGGUGGGGAAAAUGAGGAACAGAGGAGCCAAGGGACUUGCCCCAGGUCACAGAGAGACUCUGUGGCAGAGAUGGGAAUUGAGGCCAGGUCUCCCAAGGUGUAGGCUAGUGCUCUAACCACUAGACCUUCCUUUCGCUCUCAGGAGGGUUCAUAGCUCAUUAAGGCCAAGAGCACUGCGGUGGGUCAUUCAGCAUGGUCUGGUCAAUAGACCUGCUUUAGAGCCCUUGAGCAGAGCCUUGAGCCCUGUGCGCUAGAGAGCUGGGGCUGGGGUGGGGCAGGAUGAUGCGGGGGUUCCCAGCACAGCGAGCUGGUCCUCUU